AACUAACGUGAAAAAGGGGAAAACAAAAUCCAGGCGAAAACGAAAGAAACGGUCUUUGUUGAGUUGAUGGAGACGCAACUGCUACACCCAUCUUCUCUCAUCUCCAAUCUACACGAUCUUCAACUUUCAUCCGCCAUUACAAUCACCUCACUGAUCUUCAGAUGAUGAAGGUGGAGUGGAAUUGAUUAAUAUUUAAGAGUUUUUGAUGAUGUCGUUUGACGGAGAUCAUAAGCAAUGGACGUGUGGGAAGAGUGGGACGGUCAAUUUGCAGCGAGUCGGUUCUAUGGUUCGGGAUAUUGGGGAACCUUGUCUUCAUCAAUCGCCGAUAAAGGUUGUUACUAUAAACAAAAAGCUUAAACCGGAGAAGUGGCAAACAACAUUUGAUAGUGAUGGAAAGGUUUUCGGUUUUCAGAAAGCACUGAAAUUGAUUAUGUUAGGGGGGGUAGAUCCGUCUAUAAGACCUGAAGUUUGGGAGUUUCUUUUAGGCUGUUAUGCUUUAAGCAGUACUGCAGAUUACCGGAGAAAAUUAAGGACUGCAAGGAGGGAACGGUACAGAGACCUUGUUAAGCAGUGCCAGUCAAUGCAUUCGAGCAUAGGUACCGGUUCGUUAGCCUACGUUGUGGGGAACAAAGUCAUGGAUAUGAGAACAACAGCUAAAGAGGAUGAAAAACGGAAAAAAUCGGAAGUAAAACCUGGACGAGAUUCUAGUGUUGUUUCCGACAGAUUAGAAACUAUCUCCAAUUGUUCUGAUUGUGCGUCAUACGAUGAUUCAUAUAGUCCAUACAACGGCAAUUGCACAAAAUCAAGAAGUGAAGGGGAUGCAUCGGAGUACAGAAGUUCAAGUUAUUAUGAUUUUCCUCCUUUACCUGUUACAAAUUUGUUUGAUAAUAACGGUAUAAACGAUGAGAAUGAAAGUAAAUCAAACGAUGAAAGGCAUUCCACACGGCGUAAGCUGAGAUUUGAAGAUGAUCGUGUGUAUGAUUUUCAGAUUAAUAACAAUGUAGAUCUAGUAAUGGAUGUUUCUACAUGUAAUGACGACUCGAGAAGCGAAGUACCUAGAUCUAGUAAUAUGGAAUAUGAAAUAGAAAACAUUGAAAUACAGAAGAAAGAUGCAACGGAAAUUUUGUCUGGAAGUCCGGUCCGCGUGACGACGACCCAUGGAAGAACUCGAAGUCAAGGUCAAGACAGAGUAUCGGAGUGGCUUUGGACACUUCACCAGAUAGUUGUUGAUGUUGUUAGAACCGACAGUCAUCUGGAAUUCUAUGAGAAUACACAAAAUUUAGCCCGUAUGUCAGAUAUUCUUGCUGUUUAUGCCUGGGUUGAUCCUGCAACCGGAUAUUGUCAAGGUAUGAGUGAUUUGUUAUCUCCUUUUAUCGUACUCUUCGAGGAUAAUGCUGACGCUUUUUGGUGCUUUGAGAUGUUUUUAAGAAGAAUGCGUGAAAAUUUUCAAAUGGAAGGAACAACGGGCGUGAUGAAGCAAUUAGAAGCACUUUGGCAUAUAUUAGAACACGUAGACCGAGAAAUGUUCACUCACUUAUCACAAAUAGGUGCCGAAAGUCUUCAUUUCGCCUUCCGUAUGCUUCUAGUACUUUUCCGACGCGAGUUAUCUUUCAGUGAGGCACUAUGCAUGUGGGAGAUGAUGUGGGCUGCUGAUUUCGAUGAAUCGUUAGCGUUAAAUCUGGAGAAUAGUUGUCCGGAACUUCUGGUCCUACAGAUCCCGAGCGAAUCAACUAAAGUCACAGGAAAGGAGGUUAUUGAGAAUGAAAACGGUAGUUCAAACGGUGGGUCAGAAGUGAAAAAUGGAAAUUUAGAACACUCGAGUUCUGAAACUAAUGGGAUAAAACCGACACCGAGUCAUCCUUUUUGUGGCCUGACAAAAAGUUUGUGGUCGAAAAGUGACCAUUUUCAGAUUUGCACUAUUAUCUCGUCAACAAGAAACGGUGAUGAUGAAUUGCCGAUCUUUUGUGUAGCAGCAAUUCUUAUUUUGAACCGCCAUAAAAUCAUGAGAGAUACCCGUUCAAUUGAUGAUUUGAUAAAGAUAUUCAAUGAUAAUUUGUUGAAGAUUAGGGUUAAGAGAUGCAUACGUACAGCCAUUAAACUCCGGAAGAAAUACUUUUACAAGCUGAUCAAGAAUCGUAGCCAGUAGUAGCUUAAUAUACUUCAAGUUUAUUAUCAGAACUCAAUCCAUGCUGAGGUGUUUCAGAUACCGAUCUGCCAUCCAUCUUUGAAUUCUUUUUUGCGUUGCGUAGCUGGAGAUUUUACCUUUUUUAUUAUUGGAUGAUUGCAUAACAAAGUGCUUAUGCCAUUAUUAACACUCGUCAACUUCUGUCAAGGAUUGUGAAUUUGAGCUUGGAAGACAGAAGCUGAUUAUGGUUACACUUGCAGGUCUGAACACAGUUUAUUUUUUUUCUGACAUGUACACUGUUCAACAUUUAAAAAAAAAGUUUAUUCGAAAUUUGAGGCAAUUAUAGAAGGUCUAUUGCUUAGGUCACAUACAACUUGUAAACUUAGAAUCAAAGAACCCAUUACAAUA